AUGGACAAAAGUUGGAUGAAUGACCCCGAUAGGCUCGUAUCACCUGCAUACGCCGAAGGCGUUAAAUAUUUCCUCGCACAAGCACGAAACCAUGCAAGUGGAAGGGAUCGCAUCCGGUGUCCAUGUCGUGCAUGCCUUAACAAUCUGUGGCUGCCUAUAUUUGAGGUGGAAACUCAUUUGUUUAUGAAAGGGAUCAACCCAAAUUACACGCAGUGGAUAUUUCAUGGGGAGGAGGAUACAACAUGGAACAUGAGUGAUGAAGAUAUUGAUGAUGAUAUCAACCAAGAAGACGAUUACAUAGAUGACAUGCAGGAUAUGUUGGAUGACAUCCGGGCAGGCACCUUCGAUGAUGCGCCCCAAGAUAGCACUCCUGCGGCAAACAGGCCACCAGAGACGGUAGAUUUAUUAUCUUUCCAGCAACUACUAGAGGAUGCCCGACGUCCGUUAUUUGAUGGGUGUACAAAAUUUUCAAAACUGUCAUUCGUGGUCAAGUUGUUACACAUCAAAUCAAUCGGUGGGUGGUCAAUUAAGUCAUUUGACAUUCUACUUGAUUUGUUGAGGUCUGCCUUUCCUGAUGCCCUAUUGCCACAAUCAUAUGAGGAGUCAAGGUCGUUGGAGCGCGGUUUGGGCUUCAAAUACCACAAAAUCCAUGCGUGCCCCAACGACUGCAUCUUAUUUUGGAAGGAAAAUGCAGUUCUUAAUGAAUGCCCUGUAUGUAAGGCUUCGAGGUGGAUACCAAAUACACACGGACAGCGCGCGGUACCUCAAAAAGUGUUGCGUCACUUUCCUUUGAAACCGAGAUUGCAGCGUCUCUUCAUGUCUGCAAAGAUAGCAGGUGAUAUGCGAUGGCACAAAGAGCAACAGACGAAAGAAGAUAGUUGUAUGAGACAUCCGGCCGACUCUGAGUGCUGGAAGAAAUUUGAUGAAGAUCAUGACUGGUUCGCUUUAGAUCCUCGCAAUGUUAGGCUCGGUCUGGCAAGUGAUGGCUUCACUCCAUUCAACAACUUGGCUAAACCUCAUAGCAUUUGGCCAGUGAUCCUUGUCCCCUAUAACUUGCCGCCGUGGUCAUGCAUGAAAGACCAAUUCUUCAUAACAUCUCUGAUUAUUCCUGGCCCAAGGUCACCAGGGAAUGAGAUUGAUGUAUACUUGCAGCCGUUGAUCGAUGAACUGCUUGAAUUUUGGGUAGAUGGGGUACCUACAUAUGAUGCCUCAACUAAGGAGACGUUUAUGUUGCAUGCUGCCUUAUUGUGGACAAUCAACGAUUUUCCUGCCUACGGGAAUCUGUCUGGCUGGUCAACAAAGGGAAAAUUGGCUUGUCCAUCUUGCAAUGCAGACACAGACUCUAAUUGGUUGAAAUAUGGCCGAAAACAUUGUUACAUGGGACAUCGUCGUUUCUUACCCCCAGAUCACAUAUGGAGAAGGAAGAAAUGGUUGUUCAACAGUAGAGAAGAUCAUCGCAUGCCACCAAGGGAAUUUGGUCCUGAAGAGAUUCAAAAUCAAUUGCAGAUGAUUGGGGAUGUUCAGUUUGGCAAAUCUCAUAGGAAGAAAAAACGCACUGCUGAAGAGCUGAACUGGACAAAGUGUAGCAUAUUCUUCGUGUUACCUUAUUGGUCAACACUUCGACUUCGGCAUAAUUUAGAUGUUAUGCAUAUUGAGAAGAAUAUUGCCGACAACAUCUUAUUCACUUUAAUGAACAGUCCAGGGAAAAGUAAGGAUAACAUCAAUUCAAGGCGUGACUUAGAGCUUUUGGGCUAUAGAAAAGAAUUACACUUGAUAUGGCAUGGUGAUCGUGUAACAAUGCCACAUGCACAGUACACAUUAAACGUCGAGCAAAGGAAUAAAUUUUGUGAGUGGUUGUCUGAUAUCAAAUUUCCAGAUGGGUUCGCUUCCAAUAUCUCGAACUGUGUAUCUCGACGUGACUGCAAAAUCUCAGGGUUGAAAAGCCAUGACUGUCACGUUUUCCUUCAAAGACUACUCCCUAUUGCUGCUGGGGGUAUUUAA